GUUUGGUAUAAGUACUCCUGGUAAACAAAUUGUUUUUCUAUACUUCAAAAACUCAGUGAACAAAGAAGAUAAAGUCAGUAUUAUUGUGUUAAUCUCAAAACAUUAUGGAUAAAUUACAAUCAAAAACUCUAAAGAUGAUUUACAACAAUCAAUUAAAGCUCGUGGACUGUCCAAAAAAUGCUAAAUACGACGAAUGUAUUGAAAUAGCUCUUGAACUCUUCAAUAUUGCACCAAGAUUUAAAGAAUUUAUACAAAUCUCAAAUGAUUGUGGACAAAUUUUUGAAAAACAUACCUUCGAAUACUACAAUUUGAUUUUUCCAAAUCCAGAAAUAAUUUUUUUCAUUAAAAUUGAUUAUGAAAAAUUUAAAAAGCAACAAAAGAAAAAACAAAGAAAACCAUUUUCUGAAAUAUCAAUCAAAAGAAAACGUUUCGACGAAAAUGAAAAAGUUUCAAUAAGGAACAACAAUAACUAUUUCCGAGAGGAAUCAUUGUAUGAAGUUCUAAGCAACAAAUCAUCAGAGGAGCCAGCAACUAAGAAACGUAAGAUUUCUGGUAGUAAAUCAAAGAAAACCUGGUGGCAUUUACUUUUAAAUAAAUUAUUCGAUUGAUCAAUUAAAUUUUUAGCUUCCGUUGCACUCUAGCCCCUAGGUCCUAUUUGUAAAUAUAAAUAUAACUUAUAUAAUAGCAACAAACAUAUGGAUCAAUUUUUUAAGAACUAAUUACGAUCCUAGUUAUAAGAAUUUGAUUGUCAGAUAACCUCGCCAUUUUGUUUAAUAAACAAAAAUGCCUAAAUUUAAUU